GUUUUAUAACUUCUGUUACGAAAAUCGGUAAAAACCACAACAUAAAAAUGAACUCAGCUGAUAAGAAACCUAUUUGAAUGUCAAAUAUUAUCUGUAACCGUGUCACUGUCAAUUCUGUUUCUGUCAAAGCAAACGUCAUUUCCGUACUUCAAAACAAAGUUGAAGAGGGAUUUUUGAUUGCUUCCUUAGAUUUUAUUUAAUGUCGUAGAUUGUUGUAUUAUUGCUAAACUUAUUACUUAUAUAAACUUUUUACCGUUGUUACAUUUUAUCACAUAAUUUAUUAUUAAUAGAUGGUGCCAAAUACUUCGGAAAGUAAUGACAUAUCCACCGUGAAGUUAUGAAGAUCUAUUCGCAAUGUUCUUUAUUGUUUAUUCUAACUACAGUAACAAUAUGUGAAACUAAAUACGGAUACGUAACUUGGCAGGAGAAUAAACUAACGUUUAAAGACUGCGAGUCCGCAUCACAAAUACCAAUAACGUUUGGAGCUCGCGCGACUUUUAAAAACGAGAUAAAUUCCACAGGAUGGGCGUUCCUAGAGGUGCAUACUUCAAAAGAUGUCACAGACGAACAGCAAGCGUACGCCGCAGGCUUUAUUGAAGGCUACCUCACUAGAGACCUCAUAUGGAUGCACUGGCAGAAUAUGCUUAAAGGAUAUUGCUACAAUAAAACUGAUUUGUGUGGACUCAUAGAAGAAUUUAUUGAGAAAAAUGAAAAUUACAUCGCCUCUAUGGUUGAUUUAAAUGAGAUAGAUGCAUACUGGUAUCAAGUAAAAUUAUAUUACAUUCAACUGGAGGGAUUAGCAGUUGGGUAUAAUCAAGCAACAAUUGACCCCUAUCAAUGGCUAACAGCACGGGAUAUGGUUUGGAUCAACAUGCUUGGUGAUCUCGAUGAUCUGGCGUUCUCGCUCGCGUUACCAAAAGACCUUCCUGAUGGAUUGUUAUUUGGUGACCACUGCACUGGACUGAUAAAGCUUUUACCAGACUUCACGAAUCUGUACACGGCACAUACAACUUGGAACAGUUACCAGUCAAUGCUGCGUCUACAGAAAAUGUAUGUACUGCAUUACAAGAUCAGCCCGCUGGACAAGAAACGCAUCCCGGGCUACAAGAUGGCCUUCACUUCCUACCCCGCGUUCGUGCAGUACAUGAGUGCAUUGCGGCAGUCCACAGACGACUUCUACAUCAUAUCGUCGGGGCUGGUCGCCGGAGAGACCACCAUCAGCAACAGCAACAAGACGCUCUUCGACCUCAUCAACCCUUUAUGCGUAAUGGAGUACAUCCGCGGUAUGAUCGCCAACCGGCUGGCCGUCGAUGGCUACCAAUGGACAAGAAUCUUCCGACAACACAAUAGUGGCACUUAUAACAACCAAUGGUAUAUUGUAGAUUACAAUAAGUUCACACCGACCUCUAAGGGGUGUAAGGGCAAAGCGGAGAAGGGCCUACUCUGGGUGUUGGAACAGCUGCCCGGGUAUACGGAGACUGCUGACUUAACGGAACAACUAGUGAACACGACGUAUUUCCCUUCAUACAAUAUCCCGUAUUUUCCUACAAUAUUCAAUCUGAGCGGCGGCAACGUGCGCGUCGCCACUUUCGGCGAUUGGUUCGGAUACAAAACAAAUCCACGUGCGAAUAUAUUAAAGGAGAAACAGGCGGGUAUAACAAACUUACGCGACAUGUUCAAUACAAUGCGGUACAAUGACUUCAAACACGACCCUCUGUCGCGGUGCGCGUGCGUGCCUCCCUACAGCGCAUGCAACGCCAUCGCCGCACGGAACGACCUCAACCCUGCCAAUGGUACGUUUCCAUUCCGUGCGCUGGGCCACCGCAGCCACGGCGGCACAGACGCUAAGGUGACCAGUUGGCAUCUCCGCAACAACUACGAGUUCGUCGCCGUCUCCGGGCCCACGUUCAACAUAUCGCGCGGGAUACCGCCCUUCGCGUGGAGUGAAUUUGACAUGGGUCCCCACUUGCCGCACAUAGGGCAUCCGGACCUCUGGGCCUUCCAGCCUAUCAUACACCACUGGGAGUGGGCGUAGACCACAAACUAAUUGUAAGCCAAAGGGUUAACUAAGAGAUUUUUAAAACUGAUAUAGGUUUCAAAUAAUAACUUAAUUUUAAAGAUUUUCAAUUCAUCAAUUAUUGAAAUUGUUAAAAACAUGUUACUUAAUGUAAUAUUUCUUUCACAUGGAAAGAGCACUAAAAUUCGCUAAAUACAGUUAAUGACUAAUUUAAGACAAUCAGAACUUCUGUUAGCGAGCUUAACAGUUAUUUUUUUUGUAAUUCAUUAAAUUUUAGCUUCAGUUUUCUUGACAAUUUGUAAAUCUU